AUGGAGGGCAAUAUAACAUCCAUCACAGAGUUCAUUCUCCUGGGGUUUCCUCUCAGCUCCAGGAUCCAGCUGCUCCUCUUUGGGAUCUUCUUCCUGCUCUACACCUUCACCCUUCUGGGGAAUGGCACCAUCCUGGGGCUCAUCUGUCUGGACCCCAGACUGCACACCCCCAUGUACUUCUUCCUCUCCCACCUGGCGGUCGUUGACAUGUCCUAUGCCUGCAACACAGUGCCCCAGAUGCUGGUGAACCUCCUGAGCCCCACCACACCCAUCUCCUUUGCUGGCUGCAUCACACAGACCUUCCUCUUUUUAACUUUUGCCAACGCAGAAUGUCUUCUCCUGGUGGUGAUGUCAUACGAUCGCUACGUGGCCAUCUGCCACCCCCUCCGGUACUCCGCCAUCAUGAGCUGGAGGCUCUGCAUCACGCUGGCAGUGACCUCCUGGACCAUAGGAGUCCUCAUGGCCCUGAUACACCUAACAUUACUUCUACCACUGCCCUUCUGUGGACCUCAGAGGGUUGAUCACUUUUUCUGUGAAAUCAUAGCUGUUCUGAAACUUGCCUGUGCAGACACCCACAUUAACGAGAUCAUGGUGUUGGCUGGGGCCAUGUCUGUGCUGGUGGGGCCCUUCUCCUCCAUUGUGAUAUCCUACAUUCAUAUUCUAUGUGCCAUCCUAAGGAUCCAGUCUGGGGAGGGGCGCCAGAAAGCCUUCUCCACCUGCUCCUCCCACCUCUGUGUGGUUGGACUCUUUUAUGGCACGGCCAUUAUCAUGUAUGUCGGACCCAGAUAUGGGAAUCCCAAGGAGCAGAAGAAAUAUCUCCUCCUGUUCCACAGUCUUUUCAACCCCAUGCUCAACCCUCUGAUCUACAGUCUGAGGAACAAAGAAGUCAAAGUUGCCCUGAAGAGGGUGCUAGGGAAAGAGACCUUUGUGAAAAGAUGCUAG